AUGCACCCUAAAGGCCAUCUCUGGCAAUCUAUCUACCCCACGCUUCUCAUGAUCGACAAGAACCAAUGCCAGACCCAUACUCGCAACCCCUGGGGCAGAUCACAGCACAGAUACGACUACCGAUUCCGCUAUCUCCUUAUGGGUUCUCUAUCCAUCCUCUUCCUUGCUGUGGUGAUCGUUGUCAUCAUCGUUAUCGUCGAGACGUCCAAUGGUCACUAG